UAAAGAUGUAUCACUUAGUUUCUUCUUUACUAUCGUUUAAUGUCAAGACUAAUUUUGUAAAUGUUUUGCAUGACAAUGACUUCUUCACAUUUCUGCAUCUGUCACAUCUAACUAUAUUGAAUAGUGAAGAGAAAUAUUAGAAAACAAAAGAGAGUGGUAGUAGGUUAUCCGACCAGAGAUUUGGCUCGAAUGCUUACAACAGAGUUCGUCCGAUAAAAGCAUCCAAGAGCCAUGUGAUGGUGUUUAACUAUUCCAGGGGUUAAAUACUGCUCAAGAGUAGGAACAAUCGCUUCUUUUAUAUUCUAUAUUUUGCUGUCUACGCCUUUUCUCUCUCCGGACUUUGGUGGCACUCGGCGAUUUAUAGAAAAUGCUUGUCCAAAAUGCUGCAUAGAGGGAUUGAACCCGAAACCACACAGCUGAUUGUAAAGUAACAAAAUAUAAUGAGCAGACCCCCACCUCCAUCCUAUUCUUGAAACAUUUAAAUCAGGUAUUGCUCACCUUUGAUUCACCAAGAAAUUAAUAAAGGAUAGGAAAGACUGAAGAAUAAUCUUAUCAAGAUGACAUGUAAUGUCAGUUACAUAACUUUGAUAUAAUUUAUGAAAUUACGAAGAAAAGAAUUAAAGCUGUAGUUUAUGACCACCAAACAACAAUAUGGAGGAGACAUGUGAGAGUCAGACUCAUGAUGAAGCAAAAUCUGAGAAAAAAAAUAUAUCUCAUAGGACACAGUUAAAUACACCAAAGAAAUUCUACACCUGUAAUAUAUGCUUACUGAUAUUCUCUGAUAUUGACAGUUUGACUAAUCACAAAAAUAUCCAUGCAGAUAAAAAGCCAUUCCUGUGUAAUGUGUGUGGUAAAACCUUCUCUGAGAGUUCAAAAUUAACUCGUCAUAAAUGCACACACACAGGUGAGAAACCAUACCACUGUGAUAUUUGUGGUAAGACCUUUUCACAGAAAACUAAUUUAACUCGUCACAAACAUGUGCACUCAGAAGCAAAACCAUGCCAAUGUGAUGUCUGUGGAAAAACUUUCUCAACAACUGGAAAUUUAGCUUCUCAUAAAUGUAUUCAAUCAGAGGAGAAAUCAUUCACUUGUGAAGUCUGUGGGAAAACGUUUUCUAAAAGUAAAAUAUUAACCAUCCAUAAACGUAUUCACAUGGAUGAGAAACCAUACCACUGUGAUGUCUGUGGUAAAUCAUUCUCCCAAAGUGGGUAUUUAACUUACCAUAAGCUUAUUCACACAGGAGAGAAACCAUACCACUGUGAUAUUUGUACUAAAACAUUUUCUCGAAAUGAUUAUUUGAAACGUCACGUACGUGUUCAUACUGGGGAAAAACCAUAUGAAUGUGAUAUCUGUGGAAAAACAUUUUCUGGAAGUGGAAAUCUAACAUGUCAUAAACGUAUACAUACAGGUAGUAAACCAUACCAUUGUGAUAUCUGUGAUAAAUCAUUUUCAACAACUGGAAGUUUAACUUCUCAUAAACGUAUUCAUUCAGGUGAGAAACCAUACCAGUGUGAAAUUUGUUUGAAAUCAUUCUCUCAAAAUGGACAGUUAACUAAUCACCGAAGUGUUCACACAGGUGAGAAACCAUACCACUGUGAUGUCUGUGGCAAAAGAUUUUCUAUAAGUGGUGAUUUAUCUCGUCACAAACGUAUUCACACAGGUGACAAACCAUACCAGUGUGAUAUCUGCCGUAAAAGGUUCAGUGCAAGUGAAAAUUUAACUACUCAUAAACGUAUUCACAUAGGUAAGAAACUAUACCAGUGUGAUGUCUGUGGUAAAAUAUUUGCAAGGAGGAGGUAUUUAAUAAUUCACAAACGUAUUCACACUGGUGAGAAACCAUAUCAUUGUGCUAUUUGUGGUAAAACAUUCUCUCGAAAGGAAUAUUUAACACUUCACAAAUGUAUUCAUUCAGGGGAAAAACCAUAUCAGUAUAAUAUCUAUGGUAAGGCACUGACAGAGAAUUCUGAAUUGACUUACCUCAAGCAGCUUACCACAGAUGAUAAAUCAUACACUUGUAAUAUCUGCGGUAAAACAUUCACGCAUAAUUUGGUGUUAGCUAUUCAUAAACGUAUUCACACAGGUGAGAAACCAUACCACUGUGAUAUAUGUGGUAAAGCAUUUUCAAUGAGUGGAAAUUUAUCUUCUCAUAAACUCACCCAUUCAGAUAAAGAGCCAUAUGGGUGUGAUGUGUGCGGUAAAGCAUUUUCUGAAAAUGAUCUUUUAACUAAGCAUCGAAGUAUGCACACAAGUGAGAAUCUACAUCGUUGUGAUAAAACAUUUUCUCAGGCUAAAGAUUUAACUUCUCACAAACAGACUCACAUUAAUGAAAAACCUUACCGCUGUGAUAGUUCUGAUAAAGAGUUCACUGUAAGUGAAAAUUUAACUUCUCAUAAAAAUAUUUACACAGGUGAACAACUACAUCAGUGUAAUACCUGUGGUAAAGUAUUUGCACAGAAAAGAAACUUAAUAAGACACAGAUAUAUCCACAGCAGUGGGAAGAUGUACCAUUGCAAUAUAUGUGGCAAGAAAUUCUCUCGAAAUGAGUAUUUGACACUUCACAAACGGAUUCACACAGGAGAAAAACCUUAUCAGUGUGAUAUCUGUGGCAAAGCAUUCUCAAUGAAGAAGAGUUUAACUAGUCAUAAACAAGUUCACUCAAUAUAAAAACUAAUGGAUGGAUGCAAAUAUGGUCAUGUGGUUGGCUUCACAAUCACGUGGUUGUGAUUUUAAUUCCACUGAUUGGUACAUUAAGUAUUUUCUGCCAUAGCUUCAGGCUGAUCCUAGUGCAGGAGUUUGUUGAGUGGAUUGUAUCUGUUGUUGGGUGGUACAUUUAGUCCAUUGCUUAAUUAAGCAUUAUCACCUAGUCGUUGGGUGUCUUUAGAGGAGACCACUUAAAAAAAAAAAUUCAGACAAGGUCAUCAAGUAUCAUGAUUGCUGUUCUUCUUUCCCAUAUAAUUCUACACUUCCUCUUCAGACAAGCCAUGAAGUCAUAUCUUAUAAUGAUGGUUGUAUCUCGAUAUGUAUAUAUGUGACUAAAAAGAAAUCUUCUAUCACCUUUGCUAAUUAAGUCAGGCUAUAGAGAUUUCAAUUAGUAAUAAUUUCAAAAGCAAAACUUCUACAUGCUGCAAUCCAAGAUUCAACUAGGAGCUAUCAGAUCUUCAGUCUAACUCUCUCUUUACUGAGCUGUUUCAAGUAUAUGCAAAUGGCUUCAUAACUUAUAUAGAAAUAUAUUUACUGUCAUUAAAAUGGAAAUGUUUUCUUAAUGGGUAGAGAAAGAACUCAUUCUUAAUUAACUAGUUAUUAAAGGUACAAGAAGUUUGUUGUAUUUUUAUACAAUUUUACAUGUUUUUGAUUUGAAAUGUGAAAUAUAUACCAGAAAACUGCUUGAGGUUGUGGUGGGGUAUAUUUCUGCUAGUUGUCACAAUGAAAACACUCAUUACAUAAUUAAUCACAGUCCUAUAAAAGUAAUUAUUGGAAUUCAUAUAAAAUGUUGCAAAAUUUGUGAAAAUUAUAUUUAUAGUGUUUUCAAAACACUUUAGUUGCAUUAUUUUGAGAAAACUGUAUCUUUCCAGUAGUUGAAAGUUUUUUCCCCCUCAAACUAACAAAAGUUUGAGAGCUUUUCUAAUUUUAUUUCUCUAUUUUUCAUUAACUUUAUUAUAGAACCCACCAUAACAUUGUAUUUAAGCUGAAUGUAACAGUUUAUGUAUCAUUAUAAUCAUUAACAUGGUCAUAUCGUUGUGUAAAUGUUAAAAUUUGUAAUUGGGCUAUUUAUUAAAAAAAUGUGUCUAUGUUUGAAAAUAUAUAUUUGCUUGAUGUUUACCUGAAAUACAGAAGCAGACAAGAAGAGGAAAAAAAAACAUUUUCAUGAGAUAUUUCUACAGUAAUAGUUAUUUGAAUUUUAAAAGAUGACACUUUUAUGUACCUGAAUUUUAUCUGUCCUGAAGUAUUGUUUUAAAAUAUGAAAUGGUAAAAGAUGGAACAAAUCAGCAAUAUAAUGUAAAGGAGAAGGAAUAAAUAAAAAUAUAUUAAAUUGCUUGAAAAUACAAUGAAUGUA